AUGAGCGGAGCAGGAGAGGAGGAGGAAGGGGGAGGGAAGUCGCCGCGGUCUCGGAGUCCGGCCAUGGGGGUCUCUGGCCUCUUGCGGGACCACCAAAACAAGGGAGGAAGCGAGGACGAAGGGCGCAGAGGAUCGGCGCCUGGAGGACCCGGGACCGGAAUCCUGCGGCUGGAUCCUGCCAAGCCACGGAGGUCCUCGGCCGCCUCCGUCGAGUUCAAGACAGACAAGGACGACCCUUCCUCCCCGUGCCCGAGCGACCGGCUGAGCGUGACCUGGGCUGACGGCGAGAGGUCAGUGUCCAGCGAUGGGGUGUCCCUGGCGCCUCGAACUCCGGUGUCCUCGGAUCAGCCGUCGAUUAACACGCUUAUACCAGGAAUUCUCCCAUUCCCUAAUCCCUCUCCCCAUUCCCAAUUCCCAUCCGCACUCCUACCCCCAGCAUGCGGUAGCCUGAUGGAGGAACCCGCCGAGGACGACGAAUUCUCCGCCAGCGUGUCGGCCAUCCUCAAGCGCACCGAAUCGAGGUGUUCCCGACGAGGUUCCCGAAGGAAGAAGAAAAUGAGGAGGACGUCCACCAUGACCAGCAGUUCGGGCGACGGCAGUACGAUAGUGGACAUGGAGGGCGAGGAAGUCAUAGAGACACUGAGGAUUCACAAGGAAGUCUUGGCGGGCGUGAAGCAUCAGCCCUGGCCCAUCGGGAGAAAGCUUCGUCUGGCGCGGUCGGCUCGCUCCUACAUUCAGCGUCACGAGGGAGAGCUGGAGGAGCGCCUCGCCCAGAGCACCAGCACCAAGGACGUCCUCCUCAGAUAUUUCAUCCGCGCCAGGAGGGUGGUGCGGGCGGGAGCGCGGGCGGUGUACGUGUGGGUGAGGGGGAUCGAGCCGUGGCAAGGGCGCAUCAAGACUAUCGAAUCCUACUUCGGCUCGGCGGUGGCUUCCUACUUCACCUUCCUGCGCUGGGUCCUGGGCCUCAACAUCGCCCUGACCGCAUUUCUCACUGCGUUCGUGAUCAUACCCGAGUUCCUGGCAUCUGACAGGAGCAAGGCGGGGGAGAGGAAGAGCCUUUUGCCAGACGAAGUCAUCAGCGCUUAUGACUUCAAAGUGAUGUGGGACUUCGAGGGUAUCCUGAGGUAUUCGCCCAUCUUCUAUGGUUACUAUAGCAAGACUCCUACUACCAGGGAAGGCUAUAGGCUGCCUCUCGCGUAUUUCCUCACCUCUGUUGCUGUCUACGCCUAUAGCUUCGUGGCGAUUCUCAGGAAGAUGGCCGCAAACUCCCGGAUGUCGAAGCUUGCCGACGACGACGAGAGCACCUUCACGUGGAAGGUCUUGGGCGGCUGGGACUUCACCAUCGGCAACCCUGAAGCCGCGCAGAACAAGGUAGCCUCCAUCAACACGGGGAUAAGGGAGGCGCUCCUCGAGGCCAAGGAAUCCGAGAAGGAGGACAAGAGCUGGAAAGUGAAAGCCAAGCGGUUCCUGGCCCACCUGAUCGUGCUCGGGCUCGUGGUCGCCAGUGCCUACGCCGUGGUCCUCCUGGUGGAGCGCUCCAAGGACGUGGACGACAGCUCCUCGUGGUACCGCCAGAACGAGCUCACGAUCAUCCUGACGCUCAUCUCGCUCGUUUACCCAAACCUCUUCGAUUUGGUAGGCCUGCUGGAGGAGCGGCAUCCCAGGAACCAGCUUCAGUGGCAACUCGCCCGCAUCAUGGCACUCAAUCUCCUUAAUCUUUACACACUCAUCUUCGCGUUGUUCUCCAAGGUGUAUGAAAUGACUGGCGAACUAGGCGAGCUAAAAGAGAACCUGACGAACAGUUAUGGAGAAGGGACAACCACCGCUAUGGAUUCCCUCGUGGGUACAACCUCUGUCUCGCUCCUGAACAGCAGUGACCCUUAUGGCUGGAUCACAGCAUCGCAAGACGCAUCCAACUCCUCUGUGUUUGAUUCCCUCAAUUCCUCAAUGUCACCGGUACCAGAUACCCAAGUUCCUCGAUGUAGACAAGUGAGAACACCAUGUUCACAAACAUCCACAACAUCCACUCAAUCUCCCACAAAUGGCCUCCUAUUUGAAGUGAAUUUCACUAGCACGAUUGGAACCGUUCCUUUGGCUGAGAACGCGACGAAGAUCAACUAUGGCUCCGAGAAUGUGACGUGGACUGAUUAUGACCCCGAGAACACGAUGAGCACCCUGCCCACAGACGACUCUCUGGUGGCCCCGAACGGCUCCCUCACAGGUCCGGGGAAUGGCACUGUGUUUACGGUUGAUGAUGAAGGAUUCCCAUAUGAUGAAUAUUAUGUAGAUGAUAAGGUUUAUGAUUACUUAGAUUAUCUCAACAACACAGGGGAUGUACCAGAGGGACGUAAGGAAAAUGAGGGUGUCGAUCCAUGGAACAGUAGUGUACCGACAGAAUUCUAUGAAGAACCUACAGCAAUGAAUUUGUUCGAUAUAACAAGUACUAUCGAGACAACAGAAGUCUCCGAUGACAUGGAAGAGCCUCCGGGGACAACAGAACCUCCCGAAUUGCAGGAAGACCCAAGCGUGACAGAGGACCCGAAAAACGCGGCCUUCCGAGAACUUCUGCGGAAAUUCCCUUCCCUUCCCGGCCUCAGCCCCAUAUUACUUGCUGACGUGGCGGAUUUCGAAGACAAUACAGCAAAGGAGAACAACGCGGAUGAAGACGGGGAAUUAGCGAACGACAGAGUAAUCAGAAGAAGAAGAAAGAUAAUUGAGAAUGGUGAAGAAAAUCCCAACAACCAUGGCAUACGAGAUAAGCGUAGUGCAGCCAUGGGUGACUACGGAGGCUUAAGUCCAGUCGAUGUUAGUUACUUGUCGACGUUCGAGAAAGACGUCCCAUAUAACGAUUACGGGGACCCAGUGUCCAAUCCAUCCGAAGAAUACAUGCCCGAUUACUCCUCCUUUCUCAAUAAAACGGAUCUGAAUGAAGGAAACUUUACCUUCGACGACGAAAGAACCGCACUUGUAACAACAGUGUCUCCCUCACUUAGGAACACCACAACUACUUACUGGGAUAAACUCCUCGCGCAUAUUACCACGCCUACGACUAAAAACAACACGACUGCAGAGGCAACCACGGAAAACAACACUGCAGAAAGCGACGAAGAGGUUUACUUGACAAGUACAAACGCAGAGUGGAUGGAAGAGACAGACACAACUACUGAAUCUACAACAGACAUCGACAAUUAUUGUUAUAUCACCAUCUGUGACGCUCCCACCAGCCCUACCCCAACCCCCGCAACGCCCACAACGGAACCCACUACCCUCGUACCCACCACCGACCCGACGACCACGACCCCAGUGGUGACGACCCCAGCGGUGGUGACGACCCCUUUCCUGGACCAGCCUAUGAAGAACAACCCCGAAAAGUGGGCCCGACGUCUCCCCACGCCGUCGAGACACCGACUCAGGAAACUGUGUUGGGAGACCAUGUUCGGCCAGGAGAUCAUCAAGCUCACUGUCAUGGACCUGGUCGUGACAGUAGUAACCAUCGUCAUAGGAGACUACAUCCGCGCCGUUGUGGUUCGUCUGUUCAAUGGCUGCUGCUGCUGGGACCUGGAGAAGAAAUUCCCGGGAUAUCCAGACUUCAAGAUAGCGGAAAAUACUCAUCUCGUCAAUAACCAAGGGAUGAUCUGGAUGGGCAUGUUCUUCUCGCCCGGGCUGCCGGCUCUCAACACCCUCAAGCUCGUGAUCGUUCUGUACGUGCGCUCAUGGGCCGUCGUCACCUCCAACGUUCCCCCUGAAACGGUCUUUAAAGCCUCCAAUAAUAAUAACUUCUACCUGCUGUUCCUGCUGACGAUGCUCUUCCUCUGCACGCUCCCUGUUGGGUACGCCGUGGUGUGGCUCGAGCCGUCUUGGCACUGCGGCCCCUUCAGCGACUUCCCCAGGAUGUACAAGCUGGCGACCUACACGCUCAUCGGCGCCUUGCCCUCCUCGCUGUACCCUGUGGUGGACUACAUCUCCUCCCCAGGCGUAGUCAUCCCCGCCGGCCUCCUUCUCGUCCUCAUCAUCUACUACCUCCUGUCCCUGACGGCGGCGCUGAGGGAGGCCAACAGCGAUCUCAGGGAUCAGCUGAGCCAGGAGAGGUCGGCGGAGAAGAGGAAAGCCAUGGACGCUCGGACGGGGAAGAACCGCUCGGAGACGCCCACCACCAGAUGGAGCCGCGUGGUGCCCCUGACGCCAAUGCCACGCCAGCGACUGGACGGCACAAGUGGCCCAGACAAAUCCUCUGUCAUUAAACCUUUAACGGAGCCGGACGGCCCUCCCGCGCUGCCUCCGGCCGAGACCCCGCGAGAGAAGGACGAGGGCCCCUGGCCGGAUGACGUGACUGACCUCGGCCAUUCGGAAGUGUUCGACGACUCCCUCUCCGACUCCCGAAAGCAGGGGAAGGAGACGCCGGUAAAGGAAAAGCCCGUCGAAGCGAGCGUGUCGAAACAUGAACACAAGAGACACGAGAGGGAAAAGGACAAGAUGCUGGAGAGGGAUAACGAGUCCGCCCCGAGGAGUCCUUACUCGAGGUCCAAACACAGGCACAACUCCUAUCCUCAGGGAGCCAGAGACGAAGACAAGAACAGAGUCCGAAGGGAGAACCACCGGGCGGCGGCGGGGCAGAGCAGGUCCUCCAGGAAGUCCCAAGAGAGGAAGCACUCGGACGAAUCGAGCCACCGCGAGUCGCCCACGAAAGCCAAGUCCGGCUACAGACACGGCAUCGUUGACUCUCCUCGGAGCAGGAGGAGGAAGGGGUCCAGCGGCCAAGCUGGCAAGCUGAAGGACAAGAUGCCCGAAGAGUGCGUGCAAGAGUUGAACGAAAUCAUUCACCAAAAGGACCUGAAGAAGAAGAAGUCACCCAAACCCUCAGAAAAGGCUGACCACCAAAAGACAUCCGGGGAAACGGAGGCGGCAUCUCGGGCCGGUCCACAGAGCCGCCACCGACGCGAACCUUCGAUCUUCAAGAUGGAUGACAUUCGCAGGAACUCGAACGAGAAGGCGAAGAACGGGACGCAGACCGGUCAGCGUCGGAGCAGCUCGGACGAUUCCCAGAGCAUGCAGUCAAUACCAGUAAUUAAGAUCAGUAAAGAAGACAGCGUAGAGAGGUCUCUCCAGCAAGCCCGCCUGGAACGCCAAGCCAAGACUGUAGAAGAAGACAGCGACUCAACCAGCCAGCCUCUCACGGGCCCAGUCGUCCCCAAACCCACAGAAAGGAAGACGAAGCCAAAGCCUAUAGAAACCGAUCUGGACGCGGCCCUUGCUGACCCUGGCACCACAUGUGACACGGCGGCCUUGCUCGGGGAACACUCGGAGGUGGCGCCAGGAACGCCGGGGAAGGACUCGAAGACCAAGGACGAGGAGGAGCAAGCUGAGUCGAUCAGUUCUGACGAUGAAACUACUCUCCUGGACAACAACUGAUUUGAUAGAUAUUUCAUGGUCGUUGUGAAAAAGCACUUAUUUCUUAUCGUGCACAUACACUCAUAAAUUCCUUGCACAGACGCUCGAAUACACAAUAUACUUCCACAUAUGAAUACAUCCGCACAUGCAAACAUACAGUUGACAAAGACAGACAGAUAGACAGACAGUCAGACAGUGGCACUAAGACGC